AUGUCUAAGAUCAAGGAAACACAAAAUGAGGUGAACAUGUAUAGCCAACACGGAGUACCAUACCGACAUAUGCACACACACAAACUGAUACAGAUGGAUCUUGCUGCGCCCUACCAGCGUGUUAAUAAGCAGGGCUCGCUAGGAGAAGUUUGGAACAUGGAUAAUAAAGCCCCGAGGAAUGAAGCUGCUUAUUCUAGGCGUGCACCGGUUUUAGGCAAUUUGACAGCUGCAUGUAAGAAAAGUAGAGAAAAGCCCAGCAAGGCAUUUUGCAAUCCUAAGGGACAUACGUUAAAGGCCGGGAUUCUCAGUUUAUCGUCGUCAACAACUCGCGAAUUGUUCUUCUAG